AUGAAAUUGAAAAUGAUUCCUCCUCUCCGUCUCCGUACGCUCUACGCCAGGGAAAAGAAAACUGUGGAUUGUCCCCACAAGCUGCUUUGCAAAAAGAAAAAGUUUAAAGUCCUCUCAGGCAAAGCUGUGCUAAGGUUUAGAUUCUCUCUCAUAGACGAAUUUCGUUGUCGCACAUAUCAUCACCAAAACACUAUUAGUAGAUUCAACGAAUACUUUUUUCGAACAUUCACUACACAUUUGUGUUCUACGACUUUACCUAGUCCUUCGCGGUCUAGAUCGAAACAAACAAAAUGGUCGACAUUGUCUGCCCUCCGGUUGACGAGGCCCCGACCAAGAUCAUGGGUGCCGAAGGCGAACCGCAGGUACAUUGCUCGAGAUGCACCCUCCACCAACUUCUGUGAGGAACAUUACACAUCCUCCUAUGCCCAAUGGUUUUCACCUUCGAGAUUCUGACGUUGAAACCUAACUAUAAAAUAUCCAUGUCUUAAUGCGAUAGAGUACAACAAAAUUGUUGUCCUGUAUCAUGAUGGUUUUAGUAUUUUUCAUAAUGAUACUAAGCUGCAUCAUUGUGUAGUCGUUUUCUUCGUUGUUAGUGCGGGUCUUUUCUUACAGGAGGUGGUCCAAAGACGGAAGAUCGCUUUUUUUGGCGGUGGAAGAUGUUGGAAGUAGAAGCUGGAUGACAGCCGCAAAGAAGCCCUAGGAGGAGGUGGCUACUGGCGCCCUUCGAACAACUUAGGAGGUGGAUGAAUGAAAUUGUAAGUUGUACAUAGGAAACGGGGUUCUUAAGCUGCUAGAUAAUAUUAAUAUACUGGCAAUCAGACAAACAUACAUGGAGGUGGUCGCAAUGAAAGCAGGACGAUGGAGGUGGAAUCACGUUUUUUGCUGAAGACGAAGAUCAAGAUCAAGAACUACAUCAACGAACAACAACAUCACUCAAGAAGAUGAUAGAAAUACCUUAGUUCUUACACCAUGACUUGAUUGUUUUAUGUUUAUCCUCCUCGCUAUCUUCAGGCCAAGGUCUGGAUCACCAAGCACGCUGAAGGACGUCAAUCCAUGCGUCUCUUUAUUGCUGCCGGCUUUGACUGGAAGAAGAGCGUUUCUCCGCUCCUCCCCGGCUGCCCGGAAUGGUGCCCUGCGACUCAUUUCGGAUACCUCGAAUCGGUAUAUUUACGAAACAUCAAUAAGGGAAAAUCUUUAUCUUAGGCAACUUGCCGAAUAGAUUCACAUCAUCAUCUUCAUGCACUGGUAAAUAUGAUAGGCGUCUUCUAGAAAAAGGUUAUUUCCGUUGAAAACGUACUCGAUAAAUGAACUUAUUGCAACCACUUUUAGUUUUAAUGGAUGUCUCUCUUGCUUCUAUGUCUAGAACUACGUGAAUGAUUGAAUGCUGAAAAGGUCUACGACGUCGAUAGAGAAGAAGAAUCUACUUCUACUCUGCUUCUAGAACUAUAAAUAUGUCUAUUUCACAUUCAGGGCAAGAUGGGAAUCAAAAUGCAGGAUGGUACUGAGAAGACCAUCAACGCUGGCGAAACCUACAUGGUCCCUCCCGGCCACUUGCCAGUCAUUGAACAGGUACUCAUACUGUUUUAUUGUGGGUCUGUGUUUUUUUCUCUCUCAAGUUGAAGUUUUAGGCUCUGCGGGUUCCUUUUGUUUAGAAAAAUAUCGAAUCUUUGCUGGUCUUCCUCGGUUCAUCAACGUUAUGGAACCUCCCUUACCUACAAGUGCAAGGUACUGUAUCCACAACAUUUCAGUGGCAUCAUCAACUCAGUACUAGUUGUACAUGAGAAAUCAUGUGUCUUCUUUUUACUUGAAUGAAGAUGACUUGCUUCCAGGUAGUUGUUGUCGUUUGAUGUUCAUGUUUCCUAUCGUCCAUCAUGCUUCACAGUCGUGAAUGCUCAUCUCCUCAUUGCUCAUCAUCUCGCAAAUUCCCAUCCCAUGCGACAUAAAACACCGAACUUGCGCCACCUCUUGCUAGGCACAUUCAUUCAUUCCUUUCAAUCUUUUUAGGACACCGUGAUGGUCGAGUUCUCGCAGGACACGACUUACACCAACAAGGAUUUUGUCGAGAAGAAGGGCUAAGGGCAGACGUGGAUCAACGCACUGGACGUAAGUGAUGGGCAACGGAUAGGUGGAACAACGCACGUCACUGGAGGUGAUGGGCAACGGAAAGGGAAAGCUAGUAGUACACAGAUGAAUUAUCUACGAUAUGGAAUUGGAAAUGGAUUUGGUUUUUAGCUUUACUCACGAUUGUUCGUGAAGAUUUAUCUAGAAGUGUUAUUAGAUUUAUUGUACUACUAGUAUUUGUCAUUCUUGUGCCAGCGCCUACCUAGUACAUCGUAGGUAGACUACUAUCUAAUUUAGCAUUCUCCAUGAAGGACUCUCAUUUUGUUGAUAUUUUUUUCGAUUUAUUUUUAUGAUCUAAUCUUCUGAAUUGUGACCGUUAAUGAAUUGAUGGGAAUACCCCAUCUAUUAAAAAAACAGACUCCAAGUAGCAAAAAAACAGGAUUGCACAAGAAUCAUUACAGGAAAUACAAAUACAAGUGCAGACAUUAAAACAUGAGUAACAGAAAAAGGCAGUAUCGACGAACCAGGGGUAUCGUUAUUGUAAUGCUCCACAACGAACGCCGUGAUUUUGGUCAUAACACAACAUGUGAAUGUAACAAAGAACUUCUCUGAAGGAGACUUCAUUUUUGCGCAGGGGUUGCAUGGACAUCCACUAGUGAUUACAGAAGUUGUAAGUAAUCAGAUACAUCUUCAACGUCUCUAGUAGCAUAGCCAUAAGAACAAAAGAUGUCAUAGAAGCUAUGUAUAGUUAGAACUUCAUAGCUAUAGUUAGAGAUAAUUCUUACCAAAGCGGGGGGUGGGCGCUUUACGAAAUUUCCAAGCGAUGUUCCGAGAAAGUCUUCCUAAUAAAAUUCUUGUAAGAUGUCCAAAGUACAACAAAGAUUACAAACUCGAGUUUCAGAGCAACAAUCUAAUAUUUACUGUUAGUAUUGAAUGUAAAAAUACUGGGCAGAAGCAGCGAUCAUGGGGAAUUUCUCUUUCCCUAUCUCUUUCCCUAUCUAGUUUCCUUUUUACAGGUAGCGGUUGGACGUGUUCUUCAUCCAACAAAACUCAAAAUGCACAAAAUCAAGUGGGGGUAGUCAAACACUAAGUGCACAAAAUCAAGUUGGAGUGAAGCGCGUAAGUAAUAAAAGGAGCUAGAUGUGAAUAGUGCGAAGAGCGCAAUGAGUAGCAAUACACGGUGAAUGGGUAUGA